AUGUUUUUAGUAAGAAGGCUUCUCCUCUGCGAAGAACUGGAACGCUCAUCUUGCGGCAGUGUCCUUUUUCAUGGUUACUUGCCUCCACCAGGUAUUCCUAGUCGUAAAAUAAACAACACAACUAGAUCCUCUGCUGGUUCUAGGAAUGGAUUAAAUUCCACAGAAAGUGAAGCUCGGGGAAAUGGUACCCAGCCUGCUCUCUCUGGAACUGGAGAAGAGACUGUUAGGCUAGGGUUUCCUGUGGAUCCACGAAAGGUGCUAAUUGUGGCUGGCCAUCACAACUGGAUUGUAGCUGCAUAUGCUCAUUUCGCUGUGUGUUACAGAAUCAAAGAGUCUUCAGGAUGGCAACAAGUGUUUACCAGUCCAUAUUUGGAUUGGACUAUUGAACGAGUAGCUUUAAAUGCAAAAGUGGUUGGAGGUCCACAUGGCGACAAAGACAAAAUGGUUGCUGUUGCUUCAGAGAGUAGCAUCAUCUUAUGGAGUGUCCAAGAUGGAGGGAGCGGAAGUGAAAUUGGAGUGUUCAGCCUUGGUGUUCCUGUAGAUGCUCUCUUCUUUAUCGGUAACCAGUUGGUGGCUACGAGUCAUACAGGGAAAGUGGGAGUAUGGAAUGCCGUCACUCAGCACUGGCAGGUUCAAGAUGUUGUCCCUAUAACCAGUUACGACACUGCUGGCUCAUUCCUUCUGUUGGGAUGUAACAAUGGAUCAAUAUAUUACAUCGAUAUGCAGAAGUUUCCUUUGAGAAUGAAAGAUAAUGAUCUUCUUGUAACCGAGCUUUAUCACGAUCCUUCAAAUGAUGCCAUUACUGCGCUGAGUGUUUACCUCACACCCAAAACAAGUGUGUCUGGUAACUGGAUUGAGAUUGCUUACGGUACGAGCUCCGGAGCUGUGCGAGUGAUUGUUCAGCACCCAGAGACGGUGGGCUCGGGCCCUCAGCUUUUUCAGACUUUCACAGUUCAUCGAAGUCCUGUUACAAAAAUCAUGCUAUCUGAGAAGCAUCUUGUAUCAGUGUGUGCAGAUAAUAAUCAUGUCCGGACAUGGACAGUAACACGAUUCAGAGGAAUGAUCUCUACUCAGCCAGGUUCUACUCCUUUAGCGUCAUUCAAGAUACUGUCUCUGGAGGAGACAGAAAGUCAUGGAAGCUAUUCCUCUGGAAACGACAUAGGGCCUUUUGGAGAACGAGAUGAUCAACAGGUGUUUAUCCAGAAAGUUGUUCCCAUCACCAACAAACUGUUUGUAAGACUCUCAUCUACUGGGAAAAGAAUCUGUGAGAUCCAGGCCGUUGACUGUACAACAAUAUCCUCAUUUACAGUGAGAGAAUGUGAGGGAUCCAGUAGGAUGGGCUCAAGGCCAAGGCGCUACCUAUUCACAGGCCAUACAAAUGGCAGCAUUCAGAUGUGGGAUCUGACCACGGCGAUGGAUAUGGUUAGCAAAAGUGAAGAGAAGGGUGGUCCGACUGAAGAAGAGCUACUCAAAUUACUGGAUCAGUGUGACCUGAGCACAUCUCGCUGUGCUACUCCUAACAUCAGUCCAGCAACUUCUGUGGUUCAGCACAGCCGUCUCCGUGAAUCAAAUUCUAGCCUUCAGCUCCAGCACCAUGAGACUGUCCACGAAGCAGCUACUUAUGGUUCCAUGAGGCCUUACAGAGAGAGUCCUUUGUUAGCAAGAGCAAGGAGGACUGAGAGCUUUCACAGUUAUAGGGACUUCCAGACUGUUAAUUUGAACAGAAAUGUAGAACGAGCCGUCCCUGAAAAUGGUAACUUGGGUCCAAUACAAGCCGAAGUAAAGCGGGCAACGGGGGAAUGUAGUGUAUCGGAGAGAAAGUCUCCUGGAACAGAAGUAAAAAGUUUGAGAGAAUCAGAUAGUGGAUUGGAAGUGCAUAAAGUAGCUGAAGGUCUGGAAUCUAAGAAAAGGUCAUCAGAAGAAGAAAAUGAAAAUAAAAUGGAGUUAAGGAAGAAAGGGGGAUUUGAAGGAGGAGGAUUCCUUGGAAGAAAGAAAGUUCCGUAUCUGGCAUCAUCACCAAGUACUUCCGAUGGAGGAACUGACUCACCUGGUACUGCGUCCCCAUCUCCUACAAAGACCACUCCGUCUCCUCGGCACAAAAAGAGUGAUUCCUCAGGUCAAGAGUACAGCUUGUGA